UCAUCUCUUACGACGACUACGAGCGAGGUUGUUUGUAGACCAGUAUAUAUCUAGUGAAUUCAAUUCCGCUAAUAGAUGUUUGUCGUGUACGCGCGGAGCUAGUUUUCUGUGAUCGAACUCUCUGAGUUUUUUUUUUCUUUUUCUUUUGGCCUUCUUGCGCUUCUAUUUUGGAUGUUUUUCUUCUUCAAGAAUAUAAGACUGGCGAGUGCCCGUGUUUCUUCAGUCGUCACAGACCCGCAGUGAAUAAAUCAGCUGAUUAGAGUUGGUAUACCCGAUACCUGACAUGGAGCAAGAUACAUGAUAUCCAUUUCGUCCCCGCGACAAGGACGUGAUUUAUAACGGAAUGUGCCUUGAAUGAAUACCAAUUGUAAAAAUUUUCUUCAUUCAGGAAAACGCACACAAGAGAAGACGUUAGAUUUUCUUCUGUGUUUUGGGGAUUGGAAUUUAUAGUAUUUAUUUCAAUUGGACGCAGCUGUUGAUUCAAAAUGAAUCUAAACAACCUCUUUUACGUGUUUUCUUUGGUUUAUGUCAUUGUUUUAGUGGAUUCAAAUAAGGCAAAAUCACAGCGUUCAAAAGGAUGUAAGUGUCGAAAAUGGUACAAGCAACUUUCCACAAACCUUGAUUCUAAGUUCAAGUCACUAGAAAAAAAUCUUAUGCUUCAUAUGUCUGCCCCUGACCGGGUCCUUAAUUCCACGGGCUCCUACAGAGACUUAGACACCAAAAUGGGGCGUUUAAGGGAGGUCAUCCAAACAAAAAAUGCCUUGAACUCGGAGACGGAAACUCUGCAAAGACUUAAAGAUCAAAUUCGUGCUCAGAAAAAAAGCAUGGACAACUUAAACAAUCAUUUUGGACUUCUAGAAAACAUCGUUAGAAAUUUAACACAAGUGAUAGGAAGACUAGGAAACCUUGCACCGUCCAUAGCCAUACAACACGUUGCGACGACAAUGCUAACGACAACGGCACCGAUCAAAACUAUUGCUCCAGAGGUACUCAAAACCACUUCUGCUCCAACUAGGGCAUUCCCUAGACAUUGCCAUGACGUGUACAAACAUGGUGGACUUCGUUUCCAAGGCGAUUAUUAUAUUAUGUUACAACCAGAGAAAACUAAGAAACCAUUCAAAGUGGUCUGCAAACCGAUUGACAAUACAGGAGGAUGGACCGUGAUUCAAAGACGUCAAGACGGCUCAGUGGAUUUCUACAGAAACUGGCAAGAUUACAAAACUGGAUUCGGGGACCUUUCCGGGGAAUUUUGGAUGGGGAAUGACAAGAUCUACGAACUGACUAACCAAGGACCUUUCCAGUUACGCAUUGAUAUGGAAGAUUUUAAUGGCAAGAAAUAUUAUGCAGUAUACAACUACUUCCGGAUUGACAACGAGUCCGAAAAUUACAAAUUACACGUACGCGGUUACAGCGGCAACUCCGGAGAUUCGAUGACGUCAGUGCGAGACAAUCACAACGGAAACAUGUUCAGUACGCACGACCGUGACAACGACAGACGAGGCUACAACAACUGCGCCCGCCAUUACAGGGGAGGAUGGUGGUAUUCUGAUUGCUAUGACUCCAACCUGAACGGACAAUACUACCCCCAGGGUAGACACAUUAACUUCUUUAACCGUGACGGCAUUCACUGGAACAGCAUCAAUAUGCAUUCGUCCUUAAAGUCGGUUGAGAUGUCUGUUCGACCCGCAGACGACAUCUCGUCGGAGAACAAUGUGUAAUGUUCAUUGGUUAAGGCCUAUGCUCAAAACCUUUCUCAGAGGUGCUUAGUCGGAGAUACGUGAUUGCUAGUCAAUAUUGUUGUGGAAGGUUUUCAUGAAGAGACUGUUAAAAUUCAUGAAAAGACAUAGGGCAACAUUAUAUAAUACUCAAAGAAGGGAAAUUCUUUGGAGUUUAACAUACAUAUUGUGAUAACAGCCAAAUUCAGAAUGGAAACGCUGAUGUUGGCUGAAAAAAGGUGAUGUUACUUAUUUCAUGGAAGACUUAGACGAAAUCUCGAAGUGAUCGAGAAUGUCCGAGAUGAUUAUUCUCACUGCCAGUGACACAUAACUGAGAACAUUUCUUUAUACAUGUAUGUAUAUAUGAUUCAGCAAUAAUAAUUGCGCGUACUUUUACUUUGUUGUCAGAAAGGACGUUGUAAAUAGACCCCGUUUCACUCAUUUCCAUUACUCAUUAUUUAUUUGUUAGAAUAUGCAUUUCCAUUUUUAUGCUUCUUAUGUACAUACGGAGAUUUUUUUAUUAUAAGUUUCGUUACAAUGAUGUAAAUUUUCUAUGUAUUAGUGAUAGUCCAUAUUCUGGCACUAAACACUUAGUAUUAGGUGUCGGACCAGGUGAAAUGAUAUCUUGUUCAGCAUUCUAAAACGGCUUUUUCACACAAAAACGUAGUCGCACAUUGUUACGAAUUAUUUCCUAGCGAUGACGUCAUUGUAGUCUGUUGAUUAACAAUGUGAUUAUGUUUCAGUCUUUGAUUUUUAUUUUUGUAUAAAAGUGUUGGAUCAUGAUAAAAGUAUACUUGUCCGUGCCUUCACUUGAUCGUUUUAAGUACGGGUAGAUCGAAAUAAAGAGGAUCCCAGAAAUCUCA